AUGGCGGCCGCUCCGCUGAGAGAUGACCAGCGCAUUAUACUUCACUUCGAUUACGACUGUUUCUAUGCCUCUGUCUUCGAGGCCGAGCAGCCGAUACUGAAAACGCUCCCGUUAGCUGUUCAGCAAAAGCAAAUCGUAGUUACUUGUAACUAUGAAGCUCGACGGCGAGGAUUGCGCAAACUCCAGUUGAUCAAAGAAGCCAAACAGGUCUGUCCAGACGUCGUUAUCGUCCUCGGAGAAGAUCUCACCAAAUUUCGAGAUGCGUCCAAAGACCUCUACCUCUUUCUGAGAGGGUUUGUCUGGGGCGAGAGAGUCGAGAAGCUGGGUUUUGAUGAGAUAUUCAUGGAUGUUACGGAUAUGAUUACUUAUAAUGCAGGUUUAUUGAACUCUAAUGACUUGGCGAAUUCGUUCUUCCAUUUGGACAAACAAGACCCUACAGUUGGUUUUGCUUUUGAUGCCACUACAGUAUAUGGCCCUACCUAUCCGGUUGAAUCUGAAGCUACUCUCUCCGAAGCUGACUCUCACCUCUACCUGAAACUUCGCCUUGCCUCCCAUCUCGCUGGGUACCUUCGUGGUCAACUGGAAGACCAGAAGGGCUAUACUGCUACGGUGGGUAUCUCGACUUCGAAACUUCUAGCCAAAGUAGUGGGCAGUGUUCAUAAACCAAACAGUCAGACGACGCUACUCCCACCUUAUGGCUCAGCAAAAGGCCAUGAGAGCAACGUGCUUAGUUUUCUUGACUCGCGUGAGAUACGAGCAAUCCCUGGAAUUGGUUCUAAACUUUCUCGCAAACUCAUCUCUUAUGUUACGACUUCGAACCAAUCCGUGGACGAAGACAAAGUCACGGUUCGUGAUGUUCGCUUAACCCCCGGAGUGGGCCCUUCGCUUCUAGAAAAGAUUCUAGGCGGACCUGGCGCCCCUCGAGACAUCGGAAUGAGAUUCUGGAGAUUACUGCAUGGAGUUGACAACACCCAGGUCGGCGAAGCCCGUGACACACCAACCCAAAUCAGCAUUGAGAACUCGUACGGCUAUUUGAAUGAUUUCGAGGCUGUUCGCAAAGAGAUGCUAUCGCUUUCAGCCAGCUUGAUCCGCCGAAUGAGGAUGGAUUUGACGAAAAGCCACAGCGACCCUGAAGGUAGCGCCUCCCAGGGGCCUGAGUUGCGCGAAAGAACAGGAGUUCGAUGGCUUGCUCGACCGCGAACCCUGCGCUUGUCUACCAUUCCACGGCCAACUCCAGGCUCAGAUGUUACGCAAACGCGCAGCUACAGCCGCAUAUCGCAUUCGGCACCACUCCCUCAGUAUGUUUUUAACCUUGAUGAGUCCGUAGACGCUCUAGCCGAACGGCUUGUCCAGGAGGCGGCCAUCCCUAUGUUUCGCAAGCUCCAUCGAGAGAGAACUGGUUGGAACUUGCGCGUUCUAAACCUUGCAGUAACAAACAUGGCCGAAGCGGCGGGCGAUGGCAAACACAACAGCGGCCGAGAUAUCAGCAAGAUGUUCCAACGGCAGGAGACGGAGCACAAAUAUAUCUCCUCGGCGCAUAUAUCAGCAGGGCAAAAUACAUCCGUCCCACAAUCAUCGCCGACUGUAGCAUCAGAAGCCUCGUGGGAAAGUGACGGCGAGGAAGAAAACAUGCCUUGUGUACCGUGUACAAUCUGCGGUGCGAUGAUACCUCAUUUUGCGCUCCUUGCACACAAAUUAUACCACUCUAGUUCUAAAAAUUAUUAA